UGCUCCCGUUGUGCGAGCGAGGAGGGAGUGUGCGAAGCGAAGCAGGAAGGAAGGCAAGGGAAGGACUGAAUGUUAAGGCGAGUUAACGUCGUUGCUUAGCUUAAAGGUGGGGUUUUUUAAACAUCAAGCGAUGGAGAACUAUCACUAUUAACCUAGUAUGCGCCAGUGCAGAAUUCGCGCUGAUCGGAACCAUCGUCAUCGUCAGCAGACUAUCUUCAUCUUUUCCGCUAAGUGAAAUGUAUCGCGACUGCAAGGGAUCCGGAUUUUGACAAUGGAGAUAGAAAAUAUCGUGGCCAACACGGUUCUUCUCAAGGCAAGAGAAGGUGGAGGAGGGAAAAGGAAUGGCCGCAGUAAGAAAUGGAAAGAGAUGUUGAAACUUCCUCACAUCAGUCUGUGCGAGGAGCUACGACGCACCAUUGACAGGGACUACAGCAGUCUGUGUGAGAGGCAGCCGAUUGGCCGACUGCUGUUCCGUCAGUACUGUGACACUAGGCCGGAGCUCAAACGCUGCAUCGAGUUUAUGGACGCUGUGUGGAAUGAUGAAGAGGCUCUGUACCAGCUGGCUCCAGAUGAGAAGAGGAGGGACUACGGACUGAAUCUUUUAGACACAUACUUUAAUAAUGGGUCAGCGGCCCAUCUACGAGACAUACCUCAGGACGUGGUGGGGGAGUGUCGUGAGAAGCUGGAGCAGACCCCCUGCAAGGAGCUCUUCAACGAGUGCACCAGGAUUGCUCGUGAGUACCUGAGUGGAGCACCCUUCUCUGCCUACCAGGAGACCAUGUACUUCUCUCGCUUCCUGCAGUGGAAGUGGCUGGAGAGGCAACCAGUAACCAAAAAUACCUUCAGACAUUACAGAGUACUAGGAAAAGGUGGAUUUGGCGAGGUUUGUGCCUGCCAGGUUCGGGCCACUGGUAAGAUGUACGCCUGUAAAAAGCUGGAAAAGAAACGCGUGAAGAAGAGAAAAGGUGAAGCAAUGGCACUAAACGAAAAACGCAUUUUAGAAAAAGUUAACAGUAGUUUUGUAGUUAGUUUAGCCUACGCGUAUGAGACCAAGGACGCCCUGUGUCUAGUGCUGACCAUCAUGAACGGGGGCGAUCUCAAGUUCCACAUCUACAACAUGGGCAACUCUGGCUUCGAUGAGCAAAGAGCCAUCUUCUACGCUGCCGAGAUCUGCUGUGGCCUGGAGGAUCUACACCGUGAAAGGAUCGUCUACAGGGAUUUGAAACCUGAGAACAUUCUCCUGGACGACCGUGGACACAUCCGCAUCUCUGACCUGGGGCUGGCCGUCCAAAUCCCAGACGGAGAGACGAUACGAGGGAGAGUGGGCACCGUCGGUUACAUGGCCCCAGAGGUGAUCCAGAAUGAGAGCUAUUCCUUCAGCCCAGACUGGUGGGGCCUGGGCUGCCUGGUUUUUGAGAUGAUCCAAGGCCAGUCCCCCUUCCGCAGGCGCAAGGAGCGAGUGAAGAGGGAGGAGGUGGACAGACGAGUGCGUGAGGACCCCGAGGAGUAUUCCGAUAAGUUCUCAGAGGAGUCCAAGGACAUCUGCAGACAGCUGCUGACGAAGGACCCCAAGGAGCGUCUGGGCUGCCAGGGGCGUGGCGCCGUGGAGGUCAAGCAGCACGCCAUCUUCAGAAACAUCAACUUCAAACGUCUGGAGGCCAACAUGCUGGAUCCACCCUUUAGCCCAGACCCAAGGGCCGUGUACUGUAAAGAUGUCCUUGACAUCGAGCAGUUCUCCACAGUCAAAGGUGUCAACCUUGACCCAACGGACGAUGACUUCUACCACAAGUUUGUCACAGGCAGUGUCUCCAUCCCCUGGCAGAACGAGAUGAUUGAGAUGGAGUGCUUCAAGGAGAUCAACGUGUAUGAGACGGACGGGACGCUGUGCUCCGACCUGGACGUGAACCGACCCCACCCCCCACCAAAGAGAGGAUUCUUUUACCGCCUCUUCAGACGCGAGGCAAGUUCUAGCGCUCCCGCGGCGGUCCGAGGGGGUGGGGGUUAAGGUCUGCUUUAAAAGUGGCUACAGCGAGGAAGAGACAGAUGAUCCCGCUCACCUCUAAACCACUCCCCCCUUCCCCCAUCUCACCCCUCCCCCUCACCAACACCCCGUCCCACCCCUCCGCCCCACGGCAACAGUCGCCGCCCAUCAAGAGCGCAGAUCUUACGAACUCGAUGAAUGUUGACCUGUAUUUAUGAGAUGUAUUAAAAGUGUAUUAUAAUUAAAAGAAAAAGUAUGAGUUUAAAGAUUUUGUACAUUUGUACUUGAAUUAUGUCUAGAUGUAUAUUUUCACUAAAGGUUGUAUUGUACAAAAAAGCCAUAUAAGUACCACUUGAAUGCAUACAUAACAUGUAUUUUUUCUUUUCUUUAGAAUGAUUAUGGAAAACGAGUAUUGAGGAUUGCUUUUUUUUGUCUUUUUUUUUCUAGUUUUUUUUAAGAAGCACAGUAAAGCUAGUAUUUUGAUUUUCUCGAUGUAGCAUAAAGUCUCUUUCUUUUCUUUUUUAUGUCAAGUGCUUUUCCCAGCGUCAGAUUCUAAUAUCAUUAUGUCAUGUACACCCAGUUCCAAACCAAACCCUUCCACCUAAACUCCAAAGACCCUGUCCAUAUUAAUGAAGACUGCACAAGUGUACAAAGCAUUGCACAAAAUAGAAGUUGUCUGCUCUGUCACAAUAUUGUGAAGUCUGCUAAGUUGCCCUUCACUCUAAGUGUGCUAGGCCAGUGUAUAAGGGUCUCUGGUUUGAUUUGGAAUUGGGUCCCACAGUAAUUCCUGUUCCUUUCUUGGUGCCCUGGUAACAUUCUGGAUUGGACUGGUUUGCCUACCAUUGGUGUUGUUAAAUGGAGUAAGGGCGAGUGACAGCCAUUUUAUUAAUACUUGUUACUAUCCAGCAGUGACAUAAUUGAUUAAUUUUAUAUAUUGAAUCUAUACUCGAAUCAAUCUCAUAUUUGGCAAGUGAAAAAGGAAGAAUACUAUAAAAGGUCUCAGAGAAUCCAAAUUAAAUUAGAUAUAUUUUUCACUCACAAAGGGAUAUUUAAAGUAGGCUAGAUAUGGAAUAGACUUUGUAUCAUUGUCAUUCCUAGAAUCCACUAGUCUCUGUUAAGCUCAGACACUCAGAGAGCGUUCUCAGAAUCCAGUGCUUCAUUCCAAAUGGGAUUGUGUAUCCACUGGGAAAGCACCAUGAGGAAAGUCUCCUGCAUCCUUCACUCAGGAGGUUUUCUUGCAAUACAUCCUUCUCCAAUCUUCUUUGAUUGAACUCACUAUUUCACAUUUCAACAACAUUGUUUGCUUGGUGUGAACACAUGACGUUAUAGUUGAAAGCGCUCAUUACCUGAAAUGCCUCAUCACUUGCAAUCAACAUUCCACAUUUUCAGAAAGAGAAAGGAAGCAAAAAAGAAAGAAGAUAGGAGUGUGUAGAGUAAAUUGGAGGCCUUAAGCGAUGAAGAUAAAAAUGACGAUGAACUUGAUAUACAGUAUCAGAAACUGACAUUUCAAUUCAGACUGGCUUCCUCUUGAAGACAAAAUAGCUUGAAUCAGAACUUGCAACAACGACUUUCAUCGGAUAAAACUAUGGAUCUGAAUUAUGUUUCAGAAUUUCUUUGUCACCCGUCGCAAAGUACCAUCUGUCAAUAACGCCAAGGCAGUUCCCUCAUUCACUUCAAUACUUCUUUAUUUUAAUGUUUUAACUCUGGCAGCCCAUGGUAUGGUUUUAACUACAUGUCCUGUCUACAUUGUCAGUGGCUUUCCCUAGUUGAAAGUGGCAGACUGACACUGACUAAGGAAGAGAGACUUGCAUACGGACUUGCAUCAUUGACUCUACCAUGUCUUGUUUGUCCCUCUUGCUCUUCUCAUAGGAAUGACUUGAGAUGUGUUAUGUGUGGAAAAAAAAUUCUAACUAUAUAUAAUAUACAGUAUAUAUGAUCCCCAAUGUACAGGAAAUCUAAAGACUCACAGGGUCACGUUUUUUUGUGUGCUUUUGUCAUGCUAUAGGAAACAUCCCUUCCACUUCAUCCUGUUAUGGCGGUGACCUGUACAUUUAGUCACCGUGUCACAAGUGUCACUAAGGUCAACUUUUGUCAUCCAUCUUUGUUUUUGUUGUCUUUUUUUCUUUCCAGGGAAUACUAGUCACCAGUGUAAUCCUACUUUUUAAUGCUGUGAAAUACUUACGUUGAAUCUGUUUCUUCUUGUUAUGCGUGCAAAUCAUACUGUCACCAUGACCCCGUUGAACCCUUUAAUGGACAAUCUGGUUAUCAAUUUGAGGUUUGACUUUCAUGACACAGUGCUGUACUCCAGAAUUUUGGUCAUCCUUUUGUGAUGCCGUCAAUGAUGGACCACUGCUCUUCGAUGUAAACAAUCAAUCAGAAUCUGGGUAAAUAAUCCAAACUGAAGAUAGAAUUAGCUUUUUUUUGCCGUCCUCAAAUAGUCAUAUUAUGUCAGUAGGAUCCUACAUCACUUUUAUCCAUAUGUACCCAGUCAUUGUAUAUCUCACAGUACGCAGAUUUUUCUCUGGUUCCCGUUUGCCCUCACAUGGUGGAAAGCCUGCUACGCUCUAAUAGAUGCCCCCUCUACAGCACGUUCUUUAGCCACAUUAGGGGGGUGAAAUAGUAGCUAAGCUUGCUCUGGUCAAUGGCUUGGUGUUUCUCCACUUCCUUUUCUUCAGUGUUACUUGCAGGCCGUUACGAAGCCACUUCCUCUCGUUAUGUCUAGUCUUGUUCUUAUAGCCUCAAAGACCAUGUACAUGAUGGACUUCUAAAGCUGGAAGCUCUUUAAAAGUGGCAACCCGCCUACAAACGCACAUGCACUCACACACAGACAUGCUCACACACUGUCACACACUCCGGGAAAGGUUUGCCAUUAUAGCAGUAAACAGAUGUUUAGUAUCAUUGCACUAUAGAGUGUUCUAACAAUGACAAUAGCAACUGUCUUGAUGUACCUUGUUGCCGACAAUGCCAACCAUGUCAUCAAAUAAAAAAAAUGAUAUUUUUAUUGUUAUUUUUAUGAUGUGACAUUUUAACUGAAGACCUUUUACCAACAUACAGUUUAUGUGCCAAUUACUCACGUUUGUUUUGCUUUGGUUUUUCCCCUCUCUACCCUUCCAUUUCUGAGAGGUCCUAAAUGCGGCUGAAGAGGAACUUACAGCUCAAACAGUUUUGAAUGUCCGCACCAAGUGCAUUGUAAUGCCUGUUUUAAAGAAAUACUUAUGUUUGACUCAAGCAUGUCUUGGUUAUAAACUUCAGGUUUCUUGACUUACACGGUCUUCACAUCUAACCAUACCGUAUCUGGUAGAUGAAGAGACCUUUAGCAACUCAAGGUGACCGGGUGACUUAUUAGGCUGUUUUUUAUUUCAUUUUUUUAUUUUUUUAUUUUUUUAUGUACAGUCAUGUUGUUCAACCACUGCAGUCAAUGUAAUUCUUGUACAAGUUGUAUCACUGGGUGUUGUACCAUAUCUGACAUUUGUAAUUAUGAAAUAAUACACUGCCGUUUGUAUAAAAAACAAACUUGACUCCCCGACUCUUUUGUUCUAUAUAUAAUUUUUAUGACCGAUUACAAGUACAUCUGAUUAAUGUUUGCAGUUUAAUAAAUAAAUAAAAAUCA